CUUGAUUAAAGAAACUUUGCACACUCGCUGGGCUGGUCUCUGAUACAUAACAAUAAUAAUUACUGACUAUGGAAUUGACCGGAGAGCAGCUGAAAUUGGCUGAGAUUCAGCUGAAAAAAUAUUUACCUCGAUCAAAACAGGUUUACGGAUAUUUGGUCCUCAGAAACAGAGUUAGAUCAGACCCUGUGAAUGUUUUAGUGGAUAGAUGGCCAAACUUCUCUGUCAUAGUCUGCAAACCACAAUAUGAACAGAAGGGGGACCUCUUUAAAGACACCCUGGUUUUUGCAAAUGAUAAAGGUCUUCUAGAGGAAACCGUGAGGAAGUCUUCUGUUUUUGAUUGGACCAGGUUCUUUUGUAUAGGUAUCAGUAGUCGGCAUGUAGAGAUAUUCAAAGCAGUGGCAUCAGAGAAGGAUGUACCCUACAGGAAAAUGGCUGUGUGUCACAUGAUGAUACUGGAGGAUGUAACCAACCUGCCCUGUACAGACAGCUCAGGGAUUUCACUUAGCUCUCUGGAUGAAUCGCACGUCAGCUUGGUGAAUCAGACAUGGAAGUUUGCUGACAGCGAGGGUUCUGUCAGGAUGAUCCGUAACAUGAUCAUGAACUUCCCCUCCUGCUGCGUGCUGGAUGCAGAGGGACAGCCUGUGUCCUGGAUUCUGACCUAUGCCACGUGUGCCUUGGGGAUGUUGUACACUUUGCCAGAGCACAGAGGGAAAGGCUACGCCAAAGUGCUGGUCAGUGCCAUGGCCAAGAGAUUCUACGCUCAUGGCUACCCAGUGUACUGCUUUAUAGAGGAAGAGAACGCUGUCUCCUACAAGCUCUUUAAAAACCUGGGCUUUACAGAAGACCCUUCAUAUCGAGCAACCUGGUUUGGAUUCAGUGAAUUUUCAGCAGAAGGGUAACAUAC